AUGAUUAAAUAGCAGAUCAAGGACUAUAAAAUACCAUUAAGUAAGAGUGAUGAUCUAUUGUUUGUACAUGGAGUAGAUCAAGAAAAGCAAUAAAAUUUACAUGAAUCUCAAUUACGAAAAAGUAGUUUACAUGACUUUGUAUUGUAGAUGCCAAAGGAAUAAUAAAAUAGAAGGAACUCCCAUCAUUCAAUAACUUUCAAUAAUGAGAAUUAGAAAGUGAAGUUGCUUCAUACAAAGAAAAAAAUACUAACUUAGAUUGCUUAGUAUGGAUAUAAUGCUUAUAUGGCAGAGUAUAUAAUAUAGAAAUAGAAAAUAUCUUUGGAUUAAGAUUAUUAGGUUGUUUUGGAUUUGGUGAUUGAAAAAAUACAUUAGUUUGAAGAAUAAUAUAAAUCCUGCUCUGGAUUACAAUUACAGAAAACUUCUUACAAAUAGGUUGUUCCAAUUUCAAAUGAUGAUUAACAAUAAAUAGACUAAUUUAUAGUUGAAGAGACUAGAUAAGAGUAAGAGAGAGAUGAUUAAGCUAAUAAUGAUUGUUGUGGGAUUUGCUUGGGCGAGUACAAGAAUAAAUAGAAAGCCUUGAAUUGCAGACAUGAGUUCUGUUGUGAGUGUUUACAAAGCUACUUGGAGAAUAAAAUAAACAAUGGUUAAGUAUUGGAAAUUGAAUGUCCUCAACAAGGAUGCGACAAUUAUUUUAAUGAUGAUGCCAUAAAGAGUUUAAUAAACGACGAAUAUUAUCAGAAGUUUGAAAAGUUUAAGAGACAAAAAUUGUUAGACAGAGAUGACACUAUUAGAUGGUGUAUCAGAACAGGAUGUGACAAAUACAUCAAGGGAAAGAGUAUGUUUAGCAAUACUAUAAAAUGUGAGUGCGGAUAGGAGAUGUGUUAUGAGUGCAGAAGGGAAGAUCAUCCAGGGAUGACAUGUGAACAAUAGGAAGCAUUAGACAAAUAUUACGAAUUAACAUUGAAAUAAUUGGUGAUCCAACGUUGUCCAAAAUGCAAGGCCCCGAUUCAGAAGAAGGAAGGGUGCAAUCAUAUGACAUGUUAUCAAUGCAGAUUUUAAUUCUGCUGGUUAUGCAGAGCAAGGUACACCAGAAUGCAUUUUGAUUCAGACAAUUGCUUUGGAUGUCCAGAUAAGCAAUUUUCUAAUGACGAGCCACAUUCUCGACCAAGAUGGAAGAAGUAUGGGGGGAUCAUUUUCGAAUUGUUUGCCACCGUACUUAUUCUACCCAUAAUUCCAUUCAUCUUGAUUUAUUAUAGCGUAAUGGCUCCGCUGAAAUUGGUCAAGCAUUUUAAUCGACAAUGCUAUAGACAAUUGGAUGAUGGAGAUAAAAUGUGCUUGCUCCUACUCGGAAUAUUCUUUUUUCCUGUGAUCAUGGUGCUCUUGAUUUGUCCAGGGCUACUUCUGCUGUUGGCGUACAAGAUAAAAUAUGAUUGA